UACUUCCGGUUGCUGUCAAUGUGAGAAAAGGUUCCCAUGUUAUAUCAGCCCUUUGUGGUCUGUCCUGUUAUUCAACAACUCUUCACAGCUGCUGAAUCUCUCUCCUGCUGAUAACUACAGUAACUUUGCACUGUAGCCACCGCUGUAUGCGACAAAUACGAUGAGACUGCCAUGGCAGGUCCUCACUCCACACACAGCACCUAUGAGGAGAGCUUCCUCCGUCCCUGCAGGUAUGUUGAAUUUUGUCCCAGCCUGCAGCACCACUGAUGCUCAGUCUCUGGAGCAGCUGCAGGACUUUGUGACCCGAGCCAAACGCCUGUUUGCCAUCACUGGAGCAGGUCUCUCCACUGAGUCUGGUAUCCCAGAUUAUCGCUCAGAGGGAGUCGGACUGUAUGCUCGCACUGACAGACGCCCCAUGCAGCACGCAGAGUUUGUCCGCAGUGCAAAGUCCCGUCAGCGAUACUGGGCCAGAAACUUCGUUGGCUGGCCGCAGUUUUCCUCCCACCAGCCAAACUCUGCUCACAAGGUGCUGCAGCGGUGGGAGGAAAGAGGCAAGCUUCACUGGCUGGUUACACAGAAUGUGGACGCUCUUCACUCAAAGGCAGGACAGAAAAGGCUGACAGAGAUCCACGGCUGUGCCCACAGGGUGAUGUGUCUCGGCUGUGGUGCCAUCUCAGCGAGGGAGGAGCUGCAGAGGAGAUUUUUAACAUUAAACCCAGACUGGACAGCUCAGGCGGCUGCUGUGGCUCCGGAUGGCGACGUGUUUUUAGAGGACGAGCAGGUUCUCCACUUCAGAGUUCCCUCCUGUGAGGACUGUGGAGGGAUACUGAAGCCAGAGGUCACGUUUUUCGGAGACACUGUGAACAAAGCAACUGUGCAGUUUGUGCACGACAGACUGGCAGAGUCGGACGCGGUGCUGGUCGUCGGGUCAUCGUUACAGGUGUACUCAGGAUACAGGUUUUUACUGGCAGCUAGUGACAGGAGAAUGCCGGUGGCCAUCCUGAACAUUGGUGCCACCAGAGCUGACCACCUGGCAGAGCUGAAAGUGAGCGGCCGCUGCGGUGAAGUGCUGUCAGUCAUUCGGCCUGUCUGACUGUUGUGGACCGUAAGUUUAAAUUGUCUGUUCAGCUGGUCAAAAUGCUGGUAAAACUACCUCAGAUUCAACAAAGUAACUACAGGAAUACGUGGUGCAAAAGGAAGAAUCGGCUGCACUCCACAAAUACUUGCUGCUGUUGUCAAAGCAGUGCAAAAACUGACAUGCCUACACUCACAUACUGUAUGCAGAAUAAUGGAAUGUUAAUGAUAAUCAUGACACUAGUUGUCCUUCAUAGGAAAUGGUUUGUUGGUCUUAGGAAUGCAAUUUAUUUGAAUAGAUUCUUCUCAGAGGAGCCAUUGCUGGGCCCAGUAAACAGACAGAUAUUUACUAGUUUGCCAGGGGUGUGAAGGAAAAAUCACUCCCUUUCCACUUACUGAGGAAUUUCCUUGCAGCCGUCAGCUGAAGACAUCCCAGAAUAUCAUGCAGGUUGCAUCUGUCAACUGCAGUCGCCUUAAAUCAUACUGUAGGUCCUACAGGUUACCUCAAAUUAUCCUAAAGGUUAUUUAUUAUCUUUGAACCCUGUUCCUAUUUGUUUCUCAGUAAGGCUGUGAGCACAUACUGGCUUUCUCUGCCUCUAAUCUGACCCUGAGAAAGGCAGAUAAUGCAGAAGAAGAUUCAAGAGAAAGGGGCAACUAUUUUAGGAAAACAGGUUUUAUUUAGUCUGAUGUUCUUUAGUCUCACGUUCCUGAGCAGAUGAGUUGUCUCUGUAUCGGGAUGUAAUCUAAGUAUGGCAUUCCUCCCAACUCAAUAUAUACCCAAGGUCAAGGAGAAUCCUCAGAAUUGGUGCUGCCAAUGCUUACAUGAAUGUGCUGCUUGUUGUAUCACUUCUCCUGAUGUCAGUAAACCUUGUUCUCAUCCUAAGCCA